AACAAGGCUCUUUUCGUGUGUUAUUAUCGAUAUCUUAUGAAACAUUUUGAUUGGAGCAUUUUAACAAUUAUAUCAAUAUGACCAAUCAUGUGUAUAUUUUUCAAAGUAUCUCAAAGAGAAAACAAUUUAAAUAUUCUGCCAAAGAAGCGCGGUUUUGAUGCUAACAUUGAUUCAAAUUCAAAUUUUUAUUUACUAAAUUUUAUCAGCAUCGGAAACGAAUAUGUUAGCAUAAUUUUGCAUAAAAAUGUUUCUACAUACUAACGCGCUUAUAAGUAUAUGGAUCUUUUGAGUUGAGUGCUAUGACGAAAAGUACCUACAGCAAGUAUUGCGAGACAUUCCGCUAGCGCAGCCCUGGCGGACAUCGCCCCAGUUGCCCCUUCGGAUCGAGCGGUUGCGUAGUCACGACUCACGGCCAUAGUCUCUGGGGCCUGAGCCCUAUGAUUUUUAUCAAUCUUGUGUUCCUAAAGUGAAUUUAAAAAUAAAAACAAUAUAAAGUCGAUAUCCUGUCAUAUGUGUUAUCUUUGAUACAUGUCGAGUAGUUCUAGUUACAUGUCGAGUAGUGCACAAAAUGGAAGAUUCCUUUAUUAUCGCUAACUUCCACACGCUAUGUCGACUGUGCCUGAACAAGAGUACGUUUACGACAUCAAUAUUCGCAGCUGCGCCGGACGAUGAAACUAAUGUUUCUUUAACCUCUAAACUAGCAGAGUGUUUCGAACUGCAGAUUGAUCCUAAUGAUGGGCUGCCAGGCAAAAUCUGUUAUAAGUGUUUGUUCAAAGUGGAUAAAUGUUCUAAGUUUAAACUGCAGUGCAUUCAAAAUGAAACCAGGCUGAGGCAGAUAACAAACCAUGUAAAUGAACUGGACAACUCCAAUUCUUCGGAAGUAAGCAAUUACAACAGCUAUAGUUCUCAAGAUGGUCCAAAGCCGAAACCUGAAGAUUUUAUUGUUGAAGAUAGUGUUGUGAUGGUUGUGGAUCCAAGCCUUGACUAUGACUCAUCUGAAGAGUCUGAAAACAUGGAGCCUGCUGAGCAAGAAGUGAUAGAAAGAGAUCACACCCCAGAGGGAGAGCCUAUGACUGAAUCGUUUUUUAAAAAUGUGUUCAUGUGUCAAUUCUGUGAUCAAGCCUUUAUUUCUCAAGAAAAAUGUAAAGAACAUGAGGUAAAUUUCCAUGAUCCCAAUUUACCAUACAAAUGUGUUGAAUGCAGUCUAGUAUUUGCUGAGCGAAGUCAAUAUGUGCAGCACACCAAACAAGUACAUGGCAAUGAUAAGCCUUACCACUGCCCUGAAUGUGACAAAUGUUUUGGAAGGCGCUCUGAUCUAAGGAAACACUCAAUUGUUCAUACUGGGAUACGGCCUUAUCAAUGCCAAUAUUGUUUGAAAAGCUUUUCCAGAAAUACUAACUUAAGUAAACAUCUUCGUAUUCAUGCUGGACAUAAGCCCCAUGUGUGUCCUUUAUGUCCAAGAAGUUUUGUGGCUAAAGGGGAUUUGCAGCGCCAUGUGCUUGUACAUUCAGGCAUGAAGCCUUAUGCCUGUCGGAAAUGUCCUUUAACAUUUGGAAGGAGAGAUAAACUUAUUAAACAUGAAAUGAGACAUGGUCCUAUGAGUCCACAACACAAGAAUAAUGAUUAUGAUAAUGAACAUGACUCUCAUGAUAUGGUGGUAAAUGUAAAUCCUUUCAGUAAUCUUAUGACCUCCCCAACACAGCUCCAUCCUGAUUCAUCCAACACAGAUUAUGAUCUACCAAGAGUGCCUGACCACAUAUCUGGAGAAAGCACAUUUAUGAAAGUACAGAAAAAUUCUGCCUUGAACAAAAACUCAAACAAUUCCCCACCAAAACCAAAACCUGUGGCAAAUAAAAACAGACCAAAGAACAUUAAAUGCCACCAGUGCCCUAAGAGGUUUAGCUCCUUAGACUCUUACAAAACUCAUGUAUCUAUUGCUCACAUUGGUUCCCGAGUCUUCCAAUGCAAAAUAUGCUUCAAAAAGUUUCCUAGGAAAAGGGAGCUGGACAGACAUGCAGCUCUUCAUUCCGGUAUGAAACCAUUCUCUUGUAGUCAAUGUGAUAAGAAAUUCACUAAAAAGGACAAACUUGACAAACAUGAACAAUCUCAUGAAUGCCUGGUUGUGAAUAUGCCUUGCAUAGAGUGUGGUGCCACUUUUGAGAAAAAAGCUGAUUUAGUAGCACACAUAAAAUCUCAUUUUUCUGAAAAUUUUGAUGACAAGAUACCUGAAUCUGAAAUUAAGAAGGAAGAAGACCCUGAAUUUCACUUGGAUGAAAAUUUUUAUGACCUGGAAACCUGAGACAUUGAUCUGCUCAUGGAAAUAAUAUCAGAAAAGUAAAUAAAAUAGUCUGUGGCACUACAGUGUUAUUUCAUGUUUACUAGCUUAUUGUACUUAAAGUUGUGGACAAUGUUAUGAAUGAAAAGGUGUUUUUUACAUUGAUGACUGAUGAUGCGUUUGUUACUUGUAGAUUGUGGUUAAUAAUAAUAGCUGUAUUUUAAUUGUUAUAUUUGAUUUUAGUGAAGUCAGAAUCCGUAUGUUAAAUGUUAAAGUCUGGCUAUUUAAUUAGAAUCAUAUACUGUGUAAAUUGUUUAUAUAAUCUGACAUUCUCAUAUUGAGGAAUAUUUUAACCAAAAAUGUUGUUUUAAUUUUGUGUAUAUUAUAAUAUCACGCUAUUAUGUGAAAUCUUAGCUUAAAUAAAAAUUUACCCAAAAAAUAAUGUAUUCAACUGUAGUUGCAUGUUCUCUUAUCAAGAAACAUGCAACAGUAAAUAUUGUUCUCUUUUUAAAUAUCAGGUCAUUUAAGGACUGUAUUUUAAUUAUACAUACAAUUGUAAAUUAAUAAGUAGAUCUGAAAAUAUGAUAAUUAUAGCUGCCUGUGCAGGCUAAUUGGUGAAACGAUUAUUGAUCCAAAGAAUAUAAUAAUAACCCUAUGUAAUUAUGUCUAGUAUUUAUGCUGAUAGUGUUAGUAUUAUAAUGCCUGUAUUACUGUGGGUAAUCAAGUAAAAGCACAAACAUCGUCUGAAGUGGGGAUUUAGACAUUUAUAUGAAAUGUUUUCAUACAUUUUGUCUCAGCACUUAGCAGUAUGUAAGUUAUAUGCUAUCAAUAGGAAAUCUGUCCAUAUUUAUAGUAAUGUUCUUUGGAAUUUUCUUCCUCAAUUUCUUAAAAAAAAGUAGCAUUGCAUUUAUUAAGGAUAAAAUUUCAACACAGCAGGUGUAUAGCGAUCAACUGAUUAAAAUUUUCAAUUUCGGAAGGUACCUUGAAAAAUAUUUUAAAAUUUCGACUUUCAUUGCAUUUCCUCGGAAAGUUACUAGUUGUAAUUAAAUUAUUUCUAUAAAUUUCUUGAUAAUAUAAUUGCACCAAAAUCACUCAAUUUUAUACAACCGACCUGCAUUAUGAAUCUAAAGUCUUAUUCUGAUCAUACUAAUUGCAAUUAUUCAGUAAUAUGCAAAUAAAAGUAUGUAAAUAUUUAUCUGCAUUAAAUGUUGUGCACUA